UGAACUCCAUGGUAAAAACAUAUAAGGCGGUCAUGUGAGUUACAGUUGGGAAGAAGAACUUCUCCUUCAUUCCAAUUCUACCAUCCAGCAAACCCUAGAGAGUGGGAAGGAGAAGAAAAGUGCCAAGGAAAGGGCUUCUGAUUGGAAAUCGGGUUGAGAAUCAGCAAUAUGGAGUGGCGUCAUGUUGAAAGUAAUGAUUUCAUGGUUCCUACUGGACAAGAUGGGUUUGAGGUUAUACCGCCAUUAACAGAAGGCUGGUUUCAGUGGCGAGUUAGGGGAUUUGAGGAUGAUGGAUUGCCGGGGAAUUACAGUUGCACAUCUGAGAAGGAAAUUCUGGCAAAUUUUAACGCUGAUACGAGAGUGCCACCUCUGAAAGAAAGCAAGGUCCCUCGAGAUUAUCUGGGUGAAGGAUCAAGCUGUUCUAGUCCUCGUGAAGGUUUUUUGCUCGACUGCAGAAUGAGAACUUCUGAUGAAUUGUUCAAUGAUUUACCAGAUUUUGAGAUUCAGACUAGCAUGCAGAACAUGGAUGACAUUUUCUUGGAUUCUUACCCAGUGCAGGAUCUAAUGCAUUUGGAGAAUCCAUAUGAAUCGAUACAUAUCCCAGAUUCCACACAUUCCCCAUGGAAUUGGAGAAUCUCAAUGCUUGAAGAUUCAGAUACUCUUAUGAAUGAUGUGUCAAGAGAAGAAGAUGAUUUAAUUGAGGAUCCUAAUUUCGAAUCCCACCACAUUAUUGAUCCAAUUCCAACGCCUGAGAGUUUCAUAACAAGCGCCGCAGAUGAACCAAUGUGCAUGGAGGCAACAGUACUAAAGGAACUUGAAAAUGUGAUGUUGCAGCUAAACAUAGAAACAAGAAUCUGCAUUCGAGAUGCCUUGUAUAGACUUGCUAAGAGCUCGAAAGAACAGCAUAAUUUCAAUCUGUGUGAAAGUGGAAGCUUCAUGGACUUGCCCUCUUAUUCAGAAUUUUCUCGUGGAACAUCAAGGCAAGAACUAUCAGGCAGCCAUGAACAGAAGACCAAUGUGAUAGACAGAGCCAUUGCAGCUCUAAUGUUUGACAGGCCAGAUUAUAGAAUUUCAGAGUUUCCAAGCUCAGAAGCAUUUUCCAAUAACAAAGAAAGCGCAGCAGCGUCUGUCUCAUGAUGUUAUUGAAGGAUGCUUUUUCAUAAUGCUUCAGUACAUGUUAUAAAAAGAAAAAAGGAAGGAAGUCUUGCUGAAAUGCCUGAUGGAGACUGCAAGAGUCGAUGGGAGUAGAGUGGACUUUCAAAUAUGAAGCAGAAAUACGGUAGUAAAAUCAACUGCCUAGCAGGAGUUCUUGAACUUGUAUUGCUAUUUCUAUGACCAUUUGAGAUGUGAGAAUGGCUGUUUUGUGUUUGUUUGAGUUGUUUUGAUGUGAUAUAUAUGUUGUUACAGUUGUUAAUAGCCACAAUGUUUAGUUUGCAGCUGUUGAGUGUAUUGAAAUAGUUGCCAAAAUGUUGAUUUGAUA